UUUCUUCAACUCGCCAUUAAAGUAUUACGACAAAGCAAACAUAAUUUCCUUAAUCCUCACGCUGCAUCAUAUUUUUAAAGUAUGCAAAAAUAUCUUCUCAACAGUAAAUAAUUCUCUGGUGAAGAACAUUCAGCCAAAAACAAUGCCAUAAAAAAUGGUCUAAGUACAGCAAGUAUGCAAAUUUUAAAAAGCAGUAAAUCUCGAAACUCUACCAUAAUAUUUACUGCUCUAUAAAUUCACGCAUAAACAUAAAAAUAGCAAAUCUAUCAAGUCCUGCAAUUGAACUCUAACGCAAAGGCAACUACAACUCUAAAUAUUGCUCAGUAUAUUUCGUACGACGCCAACAUGUCCUGUCAAGCAUCUACUCCUUUGUGGCUUCUCCUCAUCGCUUUGGUUUGCAUCCUCAACAGCCAGUGCACGCUCUCUUCGCGUGCACGUACCAGUCCGUCGAUAAUGGGACGAAAAAUCGAAGAAGAAAAUGGAAAUAAAAAGGGCAUGCGGCGUUCCCGAUUUUCAGGACCUCCCAUAAUUUCCGAAUCCCUCCAGGGCACAUUGGGUCAAUUGCCCUGCAAUGUGACGCCGCCCAUUCUGGACGAUCGCGUUGCACUUGUAAUUUGGUUUAAAGUGGGUCUGAAGACGCCUAUAUACAGCGUCGAUACGCGCGACUCGAGCUACACAGAAGGCACUCACUGGUCCGAUGAAUUUUAUCGCGAUCGUUUGUCCUUCACCGUGGAAGGAGGUACAGGAACAUUGGAAAUUGUGAAAACGCGGCCGGAGGAUACUGGCGAGUACCGUUGUCGAGUCGACUUUCAAAAGAGUCCGACGCGCAACUCGAAAGUGAAUUUAACUGUCAUAACACCUCCUGAGUCAAUAAUAAUUCUGGACAGUAAAGGGGCGACGAUAAAAGAUUACAAAUUGGGUCCGUACAACGAGGGAUCAGUCAUCAAUAUAACAUGCGUAGCGGUUGGAGCGACCGUUGAUUGUGAAAUUGCAAGGAGAAAAUCGGCCUUUGUCGGCCGAUAAUCCAUAUCCACUAAAGUGCAUGGUAAUCGGUUCACGUCCGGCACCAACGAUAACCUGGUGGAAAGGCAGCACAUUGAUGAAGGAUACGCGCGAAGAGUCAAGUCCUGAUGGUAAUAUGACAAUGUCAACAUUGACUUUUACGCCAACAAUUGAGGAUCGUGGCAAAUUCCUGUCGUGUCGCGCCGAGCAGAGUAUGAUACCGGAAUCGGGCAUGGAGGACGGUUGGAAACUGGAUAUUUACCAUAUACCCGUGGUCAGCCUGGAACUUGGCACCAAUGCAAUGAAUUCAACCUUUCGCGAGGGCAUCGACGUUUUCUUCGAGUGCAAUAUUAAAUCGAAUCCCUGGGUGUACAGAGUCAGUUGGCGACACAAUGGCAACGUUCUUGAAAAUAAUCCAGGCGAAGGUAUCAUCGUGUCCAAUCAGAGUCUGGUGCUUCAGAAUGUAAGCCGCGCUCGUGGAGGUAUCUACACUUGCAUCGGUAGCAACCGAGAAGGCGAUGGUGAGAGCAAUCCAGUGCAUCUGGAUAUACGAUUUUCGCCCAUUUGCCGGCCUAGCCAGCGCUUUGCUUACAGUUCCGGUCGACAUGAAAUGGUUAAAAUUGCCUGCGAAAUUGAAGCGAAUCCGUUGGAGGCGACAUACAUCUGGAAAUUCAAUGCAUCAAUCGGCGAGACUAUUGACAUACCAGCAUCACUCAUAGCGGUGGAUCGAGGAAGAAGCAUAGCACACUACACGCCCAUGACGGAGAAUGACUAUGGCACUCUGCUGUGCUGGGCCAGCAAUGAAAUUGGCGACCAGAGUGAGCCGUGUGUUUAUACUAUCACACCAGCAGGCGAACCGGAUCCAUUGGUUAACUGCACGCUACUCAAUCAAACGUCGACUGGCUUUCAAAUUGAAUGCAUCGAAGGCUUCGACGGCGGUCUACAGCAGGAUUUCAUUAUGGAAGUGUAUGUGAAUGGAACGACACGCCAUCCAAAAAUUUACAAAUCAAAAACGCCUUACUUUGAAGUGCGUGGGCUGGUGCCCGGUAUCGGUUACAAUGUAUUCCUGGUGGCGCACAAUACAAAAGGACGAAGCAAUGCAACAAUUUUGCAAGUUUAUACACUCAAAGAUCCUGAAAAACAAACGGACCUCUCACUCGCCUAUGCGCCCGUAAUCGAGGAUAUCCGGCCAUUUCUCGGCAUUCUGGUCGGCAUUGUGGCCAGCAUUUUCCUGGUGGCGCUCAUCAUUGUCAUCAUUGUCCGUAUGCGCGGCUCAUCUGGACGCGAUCGCAAUAACUAUUCGCAUCCAUCGGCGGCCAGUGGGCGUGGCAACAAUAAUGGCAGCGUCAGCAUCGGAACACUGCACAAUGGUCAAUCAAUACAGGAUAUACGCAUCGGUCGGGACACCUGCCAUGUGACGAGCAGCCUGGAUAGUAUAGACAAGAAUCCGGACAUUAUACCACAAGAUGGCCGCGACGAUGAUGAAGAAUGGACCACCAAGGGACAUAAUCGCGCUUAUGCAACUGCAGCGUUAGCGGAGCAGAACGCCGUCAUCACCUCGUCGUCGUAUGAUCACAUAAUGCCAACAUAUGCCAUUGUCGAUAAGAAGGCAUCGACGAAUCAUUUGCAACAAUUUCAACAGCAGCAUCAGCAACAACAACCACCGCCGCCGUCGCAUGGGCAGUACAUUCACUACAAUGCGCUGAUGCCAGUGAGCAAAAUGGGCGGCUAUGCCCAACAACAGCAGCAACAGCAGCAACAGCAGUCGCAUCAGCAACAAAACAAGACUGAUUUAACCUACGCCGAAUUGGCUGGUGCGGCUAGCGGUGCACGCAUGGCACCCUAUUGCAGCGCCACACUGGGUCGUCCGCGACAAAUGGAGCUGAAGCGGGCCGAACCGAACAUCUACUCACAGAUCGAUUUGGCUCAUCAUCCGAUGUACUCUACGAGUCCAAUGUUCGGCGGACAAACCACCAUCACUGGUGUCACAAUGUCACAUCCCUCGCAACUGGCCACCUUCACUCCAACACCACCAUUGUUCGCGCAUAAAGUGAUUAGCGCAGCGCAAUCGCAGUCCCUGCCACCUAACGUUGCGUUGCCGGCGGGCAGCAAUGGACUUAUGCAGACAGUCAGCGCUAGCGGUGGACUACUAUGUAUGAGUAUGCCUCCACAUUCUGCUGCGGCGGCAGCAUCACUUUUAUGUGCGGCGCAACAACAGCAACAACAACUACAAAUGCAACAGCAACAACAACAACAACUCCAACAUCAGCACCACCAGCAGCAACCGCAUUCACCACCGACGGGUACCAACGGCGUGGGUGGAUAUGGAGAUGUG